CCAACACCAUCGGCAGCUCCUCUGCGCUUGUCCUAAAGUAAGUCAGACCACUUCGCUACACGACAAAACAACACCUCUCCACAACUUGCCCAAAAACCCUCGAGUAAACGGUAAAAUAAAAUUCCAAACUCUUCUUUGUUCUUAAACAAUGAAUAGUGUAUCAGUCAGAUUAGAUUAACAUAAAUAUUUAAAUAAUUUUGUUUCAUAUAUAAAUUUUUUUUCUCUUCUGAAAAGCAAGCCAGCAAGAGCAAUUAGACCAAAGAACUUGAUCAAGAUCUUUCUCUCUUUCAUGUCUCUUCUCUUUCUCUAAAAACUUUCACAUGAAGUUCUGUGGUUUUUAUCCUCUUUCUUUCCCUAUGCUCUUUUUGAGCCGCCCUAUAUAAAGUUAUCCAUAUCUGAUCCUCUUUCUCUGUUUUAUUGAGAUAUAUUUGGUGUAGUUGAGAUUGUUGUGUUCUUUGAUUCGGCUUUGACCGUCGGAUCUUUCAGCUCUAGGGGUUAGUGAUUCGAUUUGCUUUCUGGGUUUUGAUUUUUUUAUCUUUCUGGGGUCUUGGAUUGAACUUUAGAGCCUUAGAGCUGGUUUUCAGUGUUUGGGUUUAAUCAUUGAGCUUCUCUGGGUACUGUAAACUUUGGUCAGAGACUUAGCAGAGAGCCGGUAGGUGGCCUACAGAGCAAAAAAGAAAUAGAAAAAGAAAAGCAGAUUGACUGGUAGAUAAAAGCGAGAGAGAGAGAGAGAGAGAGAGAGAGAGAGAGAGAGAGAGAGACAUAAAACAAAGCCCUGGAAAGAAAUAAAAGAAGAAGAAGCAGAAACCCAACUUUGUAUGUGAAAAGGAUAUUUUAGGAUUGUGGGAUAAAUGCUGUAGAUUGAUUUCAAGGAAACUCUUUUUUGAAGUCAUGCCGGUCGACUUAGAUAAUUCCUCCACCGCUUCAGGUGAAGCUAGCGUCUCUUCCUCCGGUAACCAAAACCCACCUCCCAAAGCCACAGCCAAGAAGAAACGUAACCUCCCUGGAAUGCCAGAUCCAGAUGCAGAGGUGAUUGCUUUAUCUCCGAAAGCUCUUCUAGCCACGAACCGAUUCGUUUGUGAAAUUUGCAAUAAAGGGUUUCAAAGGGACCAAAAUCUUCAGCUUCAUAGACGAGGUCAUAAUUUACCAUGGAAGCUGAGGCAGAGAUCGGGUAAGGAAGUGAAGAAGAGAGUUUAUGUUUGUCCCGAGCCCUCUUGUGUCCAUCACGAUCCAACAAGAGCUUUAGGCGAUCUUACGGGAAUUAAGAAACAUUUCUGUAGAAAACAUGGAGAAAAAAAGUGGAAAUGCGAUAAAUGUUCCAAAAAAUACGCUGUUCAGUCUGAUUGGAAAGCUCACUCUAAGAUUUGUGGAACUCGAGAGUACAAAUGUGAUUGUGGAACUCUGUUUUCCAGGAGAGAUUGUUUUAUCACCCACAGGGCUUUCUGUGAUGCGUUAGCAGAGGAGAGUGCUAGAGCUCAAACACAACCUCAGCCACAGAAUCAGAAUCAUGCUGUGGCGAAUCCGAGUUUGAAAUCCGACCCCAAAGUUCAGGCUACGGAUUCAUCAUCACCACCUGCGCCUGCGCCUACUCCUGCGCCUGCAUCCGUAUCGACACCAGCACCAGUGCAAGUUUCAGCUUCAACUCCAGCUGCUCCAGCGGUGCCUCAGUCAACUAGUGAUUUAUCUUCUUCAGUUUUGCCAAUUCAAAGUUCUGAAUUGCCUGAAAAUCCCACUCCUAUGGUGGAAGAAGUUCCUGCUCUGGUAGGCCUAAAUGGAAGUUGUAGCACUAGCACCAGCUCAGUUAGCAAUGGUAGCAGCAGCAGCAGUGUGUUUGCUAGCUUAUUUGCAUCCUCAACUGCAUCUGUGAGCUUACAACCUCCGGCUUUCACUGACUUAAUUCAAGCUAUGGGUCAACCAGAUCGUCCAGCUGACCUUGCUCCAUCUACAUCCACUGAACCAAUUUCUCUAUGCCUCUCAUCCAACCAUUGCUCAUCAAUAUUCGGUGCUGCAGGGCAAGAGCGCAGGCAGUAUGCACCACUACCACAACCUGCUAUGUCUGCUACAGCACUACUGCAGAAAGCCGCUCAGAUGGGAGCAGCAGCAACUAAUGCAUACUUGCUUCGUGGUUUUGGUAUAGUUUCAUCAUCUUCAUCGUCUGUGCAGCAAGACAAUAUGCAAUGGGGUCAGGGACAAGUUGAACCCGAAAAUGUCUCUGUUGCAGCAGGGCUUGGACUUGGGCUUCCUUGUGAUGGAAGUUCAGGAUUAAAGGAAUUGAUGAUGGGAACUCCUGUAUUUGGUCCUAAGCAAACUACUCUUGAUUUUCUUGGGUUGGGGAUGGCUGCUGGUGGCAGUCCCAAUGGUGGCCUGUCAGCUCUAAUUACCUCCAUUGGAGGGGGACUAGAUGUUGCUGCUGCAGCAGCAGCAUCUUUUGGAGGUGGAGAUUUUACCAGCGAGGACAUUGGAAGAAGCUCAUGACUUGGGAGAAAUGAGAAUUAUUCUUCUCCAUUUGACUUUGAGAAAAAUAUUCAUUGUCCAGGGCCAUCUAGCAUGGAACUAUUCGGGGUUGCAGAAGAAAACAAUGGUAAAAUAUAAUUUUCAUAUAAUUUUCAUAAAAGAUCUAGCGAAAAUGACUUUCUUGGGGCAGUAUAGCCUUUGUAGUAUAAGUUAAAAAUCAGCUGUAUUAGGAAACUGGAUGUGUAAGUUUGCUCUAGCUAGAAAAAAUGAACAUCAACAUCCUUGUAAAGAGUUUUGGGUAAAGGGGAGGCGUUCGGACAUUCUUUGUGUCAGGUAGAUAAGCUUGGAAACAUCAGCAAAACAGCAGGUGGGAUGUAUUUAGGCUAUUAAGACUUGUAGCUCCAGGGUAGUGGAUAGUGUGGAAAAGCAUCAUGAACUGGCAAAUUGCUGAAAAUGGAAGGAUUUUGGUUGAUCUGAUCCAGUGGGCUGGAUUAAGGUUCCACUUCGUUUGAACCAAGUCAACCUUAAACCAAUCUGUUAUUAUAUUUGCAAUUAAUUUAAAUUUGUUGUUUUAUUUAUAUUGUUUUCAUUCUUUCCGAAGCUUACAAAACAAUGGCUGGAGAUUCUCAGAAAGCUCCAUAAAAUCCAUCAAGGGAAAAAGGAAAACUUGAGAAGCGGGAAUGAACUCAAAUUCUUCCUGGGUUUCUUGUCGAAGCAGAGCAAAAGUUUCCUUUUUAUCCUUUGAAAAGAUAGAAGUUAAUGCCGUCAGAGGCAGAUGUUGGGUCAUUACUGACUGCAGAAUCCAUUGGACCACAAAAAAGGAGAAAAUAACUGUGCAAUGUAGGGUAAUUUUCAUGUACAUAAUUGGAGAUAGAAAAAUCUAUCAAAUGUAGAUAUCAUUGGGGUCCCCUCCUUGAUCUUCUCAGGCCUUCGAAAGUCCUAGCCCCCUGAGAAUGACAUCUUAAUGAUCCUUUCUAGCUAGGAUUUUAAAUGCUAAGUUGUCGGUUGACAGAGAGGGAUGGCCCCCUGAUUGCACUUUGUCGUUGCUUUCUUGUCAUUUUUCAGUUUCAGGGGAAAAUCAACCCUCUACAAUACUCUCUGUAUUUAGCCGCCGCCCUUGCGUCUUUAACUGUCUUUCUCUUCUUCUCCAUGUUUGUUUCGGUUGUUUUCACUGCAAUUUGAUGAUUUUUUAAUAAUG